AUGGCAUCCUCGAAAGCUUUUAAAACAACGUUGUUUUUGGGGGUUGUCCUUGUGGUGUUGUCGUUGUUCCCUGGUUCAGAAGGAUGUUGGGCUGAAGAGAGUUACAACAAAACCCAACAUCGUAUCAAAUUCCACAAGGUUUCUCGCUACUCGUUCUUCCAAGGCAGCCCCAGAUGGCCUCCUUCCAAACGCAAUCUCACCUAUAAAUUCCUUACGGGCUUCCCAACUAAUGGGAAGCCCCCUGUGGCUAGCGCUUGCGGCAGGUGGGCGGCAGUGACCCAAUUCACAUUUACAGAGGUCCCCAGCUCUGCCCCUGCAGACAUCACAAUAACCUUUGCGAGACUGAGCCAUGGAGAUGGAUACCCGUUUGAUGGUCCGGGGGGCACGCUGGCCCAUGCCUUUGCACCGACGGACGGUAGGCUUCACUUCGACGCGGAUGACAGUUAUGUCAUUGGCGCUGCUCCUAAUGCAUUUGACUUGGAAAGUGUGGCGGUGCAUGAGAUGGGGCACAUCCUUGGGCUUGGACACAGCAAUGUUGUACAGGCCAUUAUGUACCCAUCCAUUAGUUCUGGAACGGUCAAGAAAGAACUGCAAGCUGAUGAUAUCAAUGGAAUUAAAGCUCUAUAUGGAUUCUGAUUACGACUACUAAUGUCAUAGAAUAAACAAUCCAAGCUCAAAUAAUGAAAUAAAAUAACUCUUUUUUACCCAAUU